AUGGAGUUUCAACAGUUGUCAAAAAAAAUCUUACUGUCUUCAAUGGCGACAUCUUCUAGAAGAUCAAGCGGACCGGUUUUGCCGAUUAGAUCGGCCUUCCAGAGGUCUAUCUCACCGACUGGCCGGUUCUGCAACUCAACGACAGUGACUGAUACGUCAACGUUUUCGUCAUUUGCUUCUUCGACGAGUUCUAGCUUUUGCUCGUCUAGUUCCACAGGUAUUUUCCAUCGAUCGGCGUCUCCGACGCGCGUGAACCUUCACGGUUUUGCUCCACUGGCUCCUACGCCUUCUGUUAAAUUUUCGAUCGACAGAUCUAUAUCUCCUCAUCGUUCGAUGGCGGUUUCUUCCCGAGAUCAAGUAGUUCGANAAGUGGUUCGUAAGCAGAACAAUAAUCCGCUGACAAAACUUCCAAAAAGGACGUGUAUGUGCUCUCCUACAACGCAUCCUGGCUCGUUCCGGUGUAGUUUGCACAAGAAUAUGAAUACUGCUCCGUCGAUGUAUUCGCCUAGCCGAUUGAAUGCUCGGCGAUCGGCGAUGACGAACUCUUUGGUCCGUAUUGGUACUGUUGAAGGAGAUCUAGUGAAGCGUGCUUUAGCAGCUCUUAUACGGCCU